AUGAGUGGCUCCUCUCACCCCGGUGCAAAUGAUGGCAGGAGUUACAACCUGAGGACGGCUUUGUUCACUGGCUUUCCUCCAUAUCCAGUGACUAAUCCUCAAGCCCCUGCAUGUAGCUCAGCUCCAGCAUCUCAUGCUGCCGAUGCACUGCUAACGCUUUCCGGAGGCCAACCAUAUGCACCCGACCAUGGAUCUUGGACGACUAUUCCCCGCCAUGCAAGGUCACCAUUGAACAGGGCAACAGCCACCGGUGGAGCUUCCAGCAGUGUUGCACACUCAGUGCCAUCGGCAGAUUCUAAUCGUUACAGUGAACUCCUCCGUCAUCACGAUACCGACUCUGACCUUGAGGGCUCUGAGUUCACGGGAUCCGACGAAGAGGAGAGUGAUGAUGAGGAUGUUUCCGGGAUAAUCAGUAAUGAUGAAGUUGCUUUCAACCUGCCCCGCAUGACGACUUCGAAGAAACACGAACGCCGCGCUGCACAGCAAGCACAAGACGUCAUCAAUCAACACUUACCUGCCCGGAAACGAAAGAGGAAGAUGAAGGAUUCCACUAGUCGGAAGAGCUCUUCAAAGUCGAAACGGGCACGCACGGACACAGCUCCUGUCGUGGAUGGACCACUCGCAUCGGUGUCGCACACACCUGCACAAACCUCAUCGUCCAUCCAUGUGUCAUCUGCACAUGAUAACCCAAAUGUUGCAUCGUCAUCCACAGUGAAUGAAGACCAAGUACGCAACUGUAAUGGAAAGCAAAGGAAGACCAAGAAACCUCCGUCACCGAUUUACAUGUUCUACCGAGAGAUCAAAGAGAACCAUAAGCUUCACUUUCCGAAUUGGAAGCCAGCUGACAAGCUAUAUAUGUGUCUGCACGGUCACAACAAAGUGCUGAGGAUUUCGGAGGGUAUGAACGGCUCAACGACUGGACUGAAGAAUCACCUGAAGGCUGCUGAUGAAAGCAUGUACAAGCUAUACCAGAUUCUUGAGAAGAAGCGUGCACUUGGGCAGAAGCCAACAGCACAAGAGAUCUUGGUCGCGCGUGCUGAAAUGCCAUUGCAGAGUCUUGGCUAUAAUGUUGACCAGCCGGACGAGGUAUCACAGGCCGCGACUGCUACCGGUGACUCCAAUCGACUCGCGGAGCCAUUUGACCAAGCAACGUGGGAGCGUCUUGUCUCAGAGUGGGUCGCAGCAUGUGACCAACCGUUUGAUGCUGUUGAAGCGCCCGAAUAUGUUCGUAUGGUGCAGUACGCAAGCCGCGUUGGUGAUCACCUCAAGGUGCCGUGUGGAGACACAAUCAAGAAGCGUAUCAUGGAGAUGGGGGAUAACGUUAUCUCAGACAUUAAAGCAAUGCUCUCGGUACGUGAUCCAGAUCAUCUUCUAGUCCUCUGCCUGACAUUGAAGUACUCUGGCAAGGCUGUGGAGGGGAAAUUUACCUUGGCCCUUGACUGCUGGACUUCCAGCAAUCAAUGGGCUUUCAUGUGUAUUAUCCUCACUUUUGUGACGGAAUCUUGGGACAUAGAGGAGGUCAUGAUAGACUUUCGAGAGAUCAUUGGGGAACACUCCGGUGAAAAUCUCGCCGAGGCCGUCUGGCAAACCAUAGAGCUCUACGGACUUAAAGGUCGGAUUCAAGCCGUGGUUGCUGACAAUGCAUCAAAUAACGAUACAAUGGUGGAAGCACUUGAACGUUGCUUCAAGGCUGAGAACAUCCCCUUCCACGCUUCCCACGCACGAAUGAGAUGUGUACCACACACGAUCCAUUUAGCUGCCCUAGAACUUCUACAAGCAAUUGGCGGCUUCUCGUCAACUAACAACCAUGAACAAUCUCGCGGCAAAUAUCAGGCAACUCCUGAUAACUACCAGGAAGCGCUUCAAGAGCCUCUGACAACCGAGGCGGAUAAUCUUUUGUCACAGGCAAAUGACUCCGUGAACUGCAACAAUGCGCACGCUGACGAUGAUGUACCCGGUCGUAUCCUCUCGGCACUCGAUAAGCUUCGCAAAGUUGUUCGUGUAGUGCGAUCAAGUCCACAACGGAAGCGGCAGUGGCUUGAUGAAGUCAAUUUAUCAUUGCGAAGAUUGGAAGAUGCUUUUGACAAGGCUGAAGAGGCGCUGAUGCUCAUCUUAGACGUCAGGACACGUUGGUCCUCAACACACCAAAUGCUCCGUCGUGCGCUCGAGUACAAGGAAGAAAUCCGGUUGUUCAUAGCCAAGCGAGUCGAUCUGCGUCAUCUCGAGCUAGAUGAGCUGAAGUGGGGAGCGAUCAAGCUUGUUUGUCAAUGGCUGUUGAUGUUCCGGCAGGCGACAGAACAGAUGUCAUCAUCAAAGGAGGUUACCUUGUCAUCGGUGCACACAAUCUUCCACGGGCUUCAGGAACACCUCAAGAAUGCCCUCCGCAAGUUGCCGCCUGAUUCCCCACCUCAGCUACGAGAUGGGCUUCUCAGAGCUUACAAGAAGCUCUCGGAUUAUCACAGUCACUUUGACGAGAGCCCAUAUUACAUCUGGGCAUGCCCAGUUCUCGAUCCAAGAAUUAACUAUGAGGGUCUCAAAGCCGAAGCAGCUAUGGAUGCAAACCCUCAGAGUCGCGACGAGUACCUCAAACACAUCAAAGACGCGAAGGCGGAGCUCAAGACGUACUAUCUCAACCACUAUCAUUCAUCCUCAUGUGAAAAUGGUGCAGCCGCAGCGUUGUCCAGCUCCAUUGGCGGCAAGGACCAGACACCAGCAAACUUCAAUUUUUUUGCUCCUUAUGCUCCUCCAGUGGAUAGGGCACCCUCGGAAGAACUUGACGAGUACUUGAAGUUGAAGAAUCUCGGCUUUGGUAACCGUGUCUCUCACCCUUUGCGCUGGUGGAAAGAGCACCAGGAUCUCUACCCCAGUCUCUCGCGAUUGGCGCGUGAUAUUCUGACAAUCCCAGGUUCUGCUGUCGCAGUGGAGUGUGCGUUUUCAUCUGGCCGCGACACUGUCUCCUUACGGCGUGCAAGCCUCAAACCAGCGACGAUCCGGAAGCUCAUGCUUGUCAAGCACAAGUUAAUGCUUGCGAGACGACAGCUCAAGCGGGCCUUGGAAGAACAACUACUAUUCCUAUAG